UGCAAGGAAAAGGAUGGAUCUACUUUCCGUGCUAGUAUUUCUGCAGCAAUGUGUGGGAGAACAGUUAAGAUGUUAUUCAAACAGCAGCAAGCAUUUCUUUUUUGUUUCAGUUCCAGUUCCAGUUCUUAUGUUCUCAGUUUUCUUCUUGUUUAACAUCCAUAGAAUUUGGUCAUCAUCAACAAAAACCCAUAUUUAUAACUUACCACCCUCUCCUCCGAGGUUUCCGAUAAUUGGUAACCUUCACCAGCUAGGAACAUUAGCUCAUCAAUCCUUGCGAGAUCUUUCUUAUAAAUAUGGCCCCUUAAUGUUGUUGCACUUGGGUCAAUCUCCAGCGCUCAUAGUUUCAUCUGUAGAAAUGGCUAAAGAGAUAAUGAAAAACCAAGAUCUUGUCUUUGCAAACAGACCUCAGCUAACCGCCGGUAAAGCGCUUGUUUAUGGAAGUACUGAUAUUGCCCUGGCGCCUUAUGGUGAAUACUGGAGACAAGUGAAAAAGAUUGCCGUUGUUGAGCUAUUGAGUGUCAAAAGGGUUCAAUCAUAUAAGCAUGUGAGAGUAGAAGAAGUCGAUAUUGUGAUCCAGAAGAUAUCUAGCAUAUGUUCUUCAAGGGAAGACAGCGUGCAAGUAGUAAAUCUUACCGAAAUACUGCUAACUCUCACUAACAACAUAGUUUCAAGGUGUGCUCUUGGUGUCAGGUAUGAAACUGCUCAUGGAAACAGAUUCCCUAAAAUGUCAAGUAACUUUUUGGGGUUGUUCAGUGCUUUUAGUUUCGGUGAUUUCUUUCCUUCUAUUGGUUGGAUGGAUGUCGUUACCGGAUUAUCUAGUAAGUUUGAGAAGGCGUUUCAAGAAGUAGAUAGAUUUUUAGAUCAAGUCAUUGAUGAGCAUCUACUUCGUCAUUCCAAAUUGGAAAAUGAUCACGGUCAAAUAGAAGACAGUGAUGAACUAGACGUGACGGAUAUUCUAAUCCUUUCUCAGGAGAAAUAUAAGAACCUCUCUGGCAACAAUAUCAAAGCAAUACUAAUGGAUAUGUUCAUUGGUGGAAGUGAUACAUCAGCAAGAACAAUGGAAUGGACAAUGGCAGAGCUUAUAAAGAAUCCCAAAGUGAUGAAGAAAGCACGAGAUGAGGUGAGAAGAGUUGUGGGUAAGAAGUCUACGGUAGGAGAAGACGACAUUCAUCAAAUGGACUAUUUGAAAUGUAUUGUUAAGGAGAUAUUACGACUACAUCCUUCUCUUCCUAAUUUAAUUCCUAGAGAAACAACUAAGGGAACCCAAUUAGCAGGUUAUGAUAUCCCUCCAAAUACAACAGUUUUCAUCAAUGUAUGGGCAAUCCAUAGAGAUCCUAACGUAUGGGACGAUGCAGAAGAAUUUCGACCUGAGAGAUUUAUCAACAACCCAGUCGAUUUCAAGGGUCAAGAUUUCCAAUUCAUUCCAUUUGGUUCAGGAAGAAGAGGGUGUCCUGGGAUUUCGUUUGCCAUCGCAGUUGUCGAGUUUGCUCUUGCCAAUCUCUUGUACCACUUCAAUUGGGAGCUUCCUGCUGAUGGUGAAAAAGGAGAGGAACUUGACAUGACUGAGCAAUUUGGUCUUAUUGUUAGUAAGAAAACCCCUCUUUGUCUUGUUCCGACAAUUUUCUCAUCUAUUGAGCAUAAAGAGGCAAAGGACAAUACAAACAGUGUGUCCUAACUUAACACGGUGAAUGUUGCACAUUCAGUUAACCACCAGACCAACCCUGGUAUUCCUUUGUUUUGAUCGUUGCAAACGUUACCACCUGCUUCUUACAAGGCAAAAAUUACUAAGCAUGAUUUUAUUUCCUCUGAAUCAAAAUAAGUGGAUGCUUUCGGAUAAUCUGAAGGUAGAAGCUGGAGUAGGAUUGUUUUGUAAGAUGGAAAGUUGUGCACCGAUCCAAAGGGAGAUGUUGUUUUACAGUAAGAGCAUUUUUAGUGCUGGA